AUUUUUCAUUAAUUUUUUUGUUAAUUUAUUUUUAUUGUGUUUCUGCCGCGAAUUUUUUUUGCCGUACCAUAGACAAUACCACAUGAACGGCGGAGCCAAACUUCUCCAGAUCCGAAGCCACUUCAACUGAACUCAAAAUUUUCUCUUGCAGAAUCUCAAUAUCUGUCUUUGUUUUGCUUUGAAUUACACUUUCCAGUUGUCAUUCGUUACUUUUUAUCCCAUUUAUGCCCUUAAUUUGUGAAAUAUUAGGGUUUCAGUUUAGUUCUGCCAGAGUCCCACGUUGAUUUUAUAUCUACCUUCUUUUUUUUCUUUUGAAUUCAGUGAUAUUUGCUUAUUCAGUUGCAUUGUUAUGUCUGGGGUUUUUACAUGAAUUCUCUGCAAAAUGGGGUUUUCUAAAUGGGUCUCAAGUUUUUAGAGUUUUACAAUUUCAACAGUUAUGGGCGCUCUUACGAGCAAUCGUAAACGUCGCGACGAGUACUUGUCAUUGAAUCAUCUUCAAAGUCCAUAUCAAAACUCUCACGUUUCUAAACGACCCCGGUUAUCUUUCAUGCAGCAUACCUCAAACCAAGACUUAGUUUCAUCGAACAGCACGGCCUCGAGAAUCUCUAGGUAUCCAGAAGCCAAAAACCCUCUGAAAAGACAAGUUCAUGCUCCUUCCAGAAUACUUAAAUUUGGAUUUCUGGAAAAGCUAAAACAGGAUUCGAACCAGAAAAGUGCGCGUGGAUACAGUGAAAAUCAAGAAUCAGGUAUUGCUAUGGGUAAUUUGUUGACUUCUCGCUUAGUUGACGCGAAGAAAACUGCAUUAGAUACAAUUAGGUAUUUGAGAAAAGAUAAGGAAGUGAUUGAUUGUGGUAAGGAACAUCAUGAUAAGAAGGAAAUUGUUUCGGAUGAUUCGAGUGUUGAAGAAGUUGAGGUUAUUGAGAAUGAAAAGCAUCAGAAAUUUGAGGCAUCUGUUAGGGAAAUUAGUGGGAAGGCUGUGGAGGAGAGAUAUCUUAGUAAUUUCCAGCAGUCAUCUUCAUCCGUGGUCACUGCAGAUAUGAAUAAUGGUGUUGCUGAUGUUGGUAUGUUGAGAAUGGAGAGUGCAGAGAAGAUUUUAGAUUCAUUGUCUUUAAAUCGAGAGUUGAUCGGCGUGCCAGAUGUUGAGGUGUAUAAGAAGUUGUUGGAGAGUGCACAGGGGAGGGAUGCUAAGUUGAAGUCAAUAGGGUUUGAUAUUGAGUUGAAUGAGAAGCGUCGUGAUUCUCUCAGGCUGUUGCAGCCUGUUAAGCAAGUAGAGGAAAAACUGGUAGAGGAAGCACCUUGUGAACCCUUUGUCCCUGUGACAGAGGAGGAAGAAGCUGAGGUUGAUUGUGCUUUUGCUCCUACUAGGAGGAGGCAGGUCUUGGUCACCGAUCCAGGGACAGAUAUUGACAUUACUGGACAAGUUCUUCAGUGCCUUAGGCCAGGUGCAUGGUUGAAUGAUGAGGUCAUAAAUGUGUAUCUUGGCUUGCUGAAAGAAAGGGAAAAGAGAGAUCCACAGAAGUUUCUGAAAUGCCAUUACUUCAACACAUUUUUUUACAAGAAGUUAGUGAGUGGGAACAAUGGCUAUGAUUAUAAAGCAGUUAAAAGAUGGACAUCCAUCAGGAAGUUGGGAUACACUCUCCUUGAGUGUGAUAAAAUAUUUGUCCCUAUCCACAAGGAAAUUCAUUGGUGCUUAGCUGUUAUUAAUAAAAAGGAUAAGAAAUUUCAGUAUCUUGAUUCACUAAAAGGAAUGGAUAUGAAAGUGCUGAGUGCCCUGGCUAGAUAUUACGUGGAUGAAGUGAAGGACAAGAGUGGAAAGGACAUAGAUGUAAGUGCUUGGGAGCAAGACUUUGUUGAAGACCUUCCCGAACAGAAGAAUGGGUUUGACUGUGGUAUGUUUAUGCUCAAAUAUGUUGACUUUUAUAGCAGAGGUCUAGGGCUUUGUUUUGACCAGAGUCACAUGCCCUAUUUUCGUGUGAGGACAGCAAAAGAGAUACUGAGAUUGAGAGCUGAUUGAUUGAACGAGUGAAUCUGCUAUUUGUAACUUACUGUGGCUCCCUAUCAUUAUUCCACCGUUUAGCGGAUAGCAGAUCUUGUACGGGGAGAUGGUUGGGGAUUCUGCUAAUUUAAUAACAUAAUGUGGUACGCCACAGAAUUCUCCCUAAUGACAUGGUAGAUGUGUGAGGAUGCUUUCACCUUUGUGAAGAUCUUAAGAGUGAUUGAGUAUGCUUAAGUUUUGGUUUUUAGAUUGGCUGAUAGAUCAAAGAUUAUUAUCCUGGCUGGUAAGAUGAGUAAGAUGCAGGAGCAUUGAGUGGUUUAUAUUUUGUAUAUGCAAGAAUGAGGCGUUGCUUAUUGGAAAAUGUUUAGGAUUUAUGUGUAGUGUUACUCUUUUGCUCUGCAUCUUGGUCGAUCUUUUUUGCUGGUUUACCAAGGCUCUAUCUUGAGUAUCAUAUUUUUCUGCAAUUGUAAUGAAGAAAAUUGAAAUUUAAGGAAUGAGAAAUUACCUGUUUGUACCCUGGGGCUGGGUUGAUCAUCAGUGACAGUGUUGAUUUUUGAGUAGCAUAUUCAACUGCACUUUUCUUACCA